AUGUCUCAAAACCAAAACCAAAAUCAAAACCAGAACCAGAACUCAAAACAAAAUGGCGGUCAACAACAGCAACAGCAACAACAACAACCGAACAAGACUCAAGCUCCUCCAUCAGGCUCCUCAGCAGCCACUACCACCACCAAUAACAAUGCACAAAGAACCAACGGUUCAUUUUCAGCAUCAGACCUUAAUAGAAUCGUAUUGGAAUAUUUAAGUAAAAAAGGUUAUCAUCGUACUGAGGCCAUGCUUAGAGCUGAAAGUGGACGUACCUUAACCCCAGACAACAAGCAAUCACCUGCAAAUACCAAAAAUGGGAAAUUAGUAGAACCAUCUACUCAACCACCAGAUCCGAGUAAGCUGGCAAAACCUAUAAGUAACCCAUCAACAGUAUCAUUGCCUUCCAAAAGGGAUAACACAGACACAGUCAUAUCAUCUUCUCAAAAUCUAGAUCUUAUUACAUCUCCAGAAAAUUAUAUGAGAGCUUACUCAAUGUUGAAAUUUUGGGUAGAUUCUUCAUUGGAAAUUUAUAAAUCGGAAUUGAAUUAUAUCAUGUACCCAAUCUUCAUUUAUACAUUCUUAACUUUAGUCUCCAAAAAUCCAAUCAUAGCAAGAAGAUUCUUCGAUAAAUACUGUUCUGAUUUUAAAAUAACUCAUGGUACAGAAAUUAAUAGAUUAUUUAGUGUUAAUUCUAUGGAUCACAUAAAAGAAAAUGAAAUUGCUAGCGCGUUCCAAAAUAAUAGAUUUACCAUUACAAUGUCAAGAACUACAUUAAAUUUAUUAUUAUAUUUCUUAAAUGAAAAUUCAAACGUUGGAGGAUCUUUAAUUAUUAGUAUUAUAAAUCAACAUUUAAAUCCAAAUGUAGUAGAUUCCAUAACUUCAAAGGAAAAAUUAUCAGAUGGGAUUAAAACAUUAUCAGAUAGUAACGAUGGGAAAACAAAUAAUAAUGAAUUGAAUUCCACUCCAAUUAAAUUAGGUCCAUUCCCAAAAGAUGAAGAAUUCGUUAAGGAAAUUGAAACUGAAUUGAAAAUUAAGGAUGAACAAGAAAGACAACAACAAUUAUUAUCAAAUGACAAUGCUCAACCCAUGGAUCCCAGUAGGAACACUUUAAUGCAAGAAUUUAAAUCAAUGAAUAACGAACCAUAUGAACAACAGCCAGGUCCUUCCAGUACUGCAGAACAACCUUCUCAUGCGAACGAAACAACAGCAGGAGGAGGAGAAGAAGAUGAUAAAAAAUUAGAAAACCCAACAAUAACGCCAAAUUCAAGCGUAACUCCAGCACCAAUACCCACCCCGUCGUCGUCUACAGUGAAGAUAGAGAGCAAUAAUAAUACUACCAAACAAACUGCUAUUAUGGAAAAGCAAAAAAAUUUAAAACUUGAAGAUUCUAAAGAAACAUUAGAAUCACCACCAAAGGAUAUGUUACCAAUACCACCAAAAACAGCACUCGAUAUAAAAUUAGAAAUUCAAAAAGUGAAAGAAUCUCGUGAAUCAAUAAGAUUAAAUAACUUACAAGCUGCAUUACCAAGUGUUUGUCUUUAUACAUUCCAUAAUACAAACAGAGAUAUGACUUCUUUAGAUUUUAGUGAAGAUUCAAGAUUGGCUGCUGGUGGUUUCCAAGAUAGUUACAUCAAACUAUGGAGUCUUGACGGUUCUUCAUUAAAAAAAUACGGUGAUGUUUCCUCCUCCCCGUCUCCGUCAGCAACGACUGCUGAUAAAUAUUCCAAAGAUUUUACAAACACCACCUUAAUAGGACACAGUGGAGCAGUCUAUUCAACAAGUUUUAGUCCCGAUAACAAGUACUUAAUUUCAGGAUCUGAAGACAAAACAGUAAGGUUAUGGUCCUUGGACACCAAUACAACAUUAGUCAGUUAUAAGGGACACAAUCAUCCAGUUUGGGAUGUCAAAUUUUCACCAUUGGGUCAUUAUUUCGCCACUGCGUCUCAUGAUCAAACGGCAAGAUUAUGGUCAUGUGAUCAUAUAUAUCCAUUAAGAAUAUUCGCAGGUCAUCUAAGUGAUGUAGAUUGUGUUUCAUUCCAUCCAAAUGGUUGUUACGUAUUUACUGGUUCAAGUGAUAAGACUUGUAGAAUGUGGGAUGUUUCCACUGGUGACUCUGUAAGAUUAUUCUUGGGUCAUACAGCUCCUGUUAUUUCUACUGCAGUGUCACCUGAUGGUAGAUGGUUAUCUACGGGGAGUGAAGAUGGUAUAAUUAAUGUGUGGGAUAUAGGUACAGGGAAAAGAUUGAAAUUAAUGCGUGGUCAUGGUAAGAAUGCAAUUUAUUCAUUAUCAUAUUCGAAAGAAGGUAAUGUGUUGGUAAGUAGUGGUGCUGAUCAUUCUGUUCGUGUUUGGGAUUUGAAAAAAGCUACCGCUGAACCAAGUGCGGAACCUGAAGAACCUUUCGUAGGGUAUUUAGGUGACGUGACUGCAUCAAUUAAUCAAGAUAUUAAGGAAUACGGACGUAGAAGAACAAUAGUACCUACAAGUGACUUGUUAGCUUCAUUCUAUACUCGAAGAACACCAAUAUUUAAUGUGAAAUUUACGAGAAAUAAUCUAGUGUUGGCAGGUGGGGCAUAUAGAGAAUAG